AUGCUCGACGACGACGACGGCACCACCACCACCACCACCACCACCACCCCCGACGUCCCUAGCGCCGCGCUCGUCCCCCUUUCGCCCUUCGACCCCGCCUGGCGACCGAUCCUCCACGUCUCGAACCAGGUCGUGCUCUACAACCCCACCUCCCACGCGCUCACCAUCCACAGCUCGCACCCGCACGCCCCCGCGCGCCCCCGGCGCCGCCCGCGCAUAUGCCCGUACUGCGCGCGGCCGCUGCCGCCAGGCUUUGCGCGUGCGCGCGAGGACGGCCGCGAGUUUGGAAUUGAUACGGACAUUAAUAUGGAUAUGGACAUGGUUUCGCGCGCGCCGAACUAUUUCCAGCUGCUCGAGGUCGCGAAUGAAACCGCGAGCCGGUCGGGCACGCCGCCGCCCUACCGCGUUGAGGCGGCGCGUGCCUCCUCCUCCUCGUCUCGCUCUCUCAGGGGGUGGGGCGCGGGCGGGGGGUUGAGGCCCGGGUCGAUGGCGGAGGGGUACUUUAAUGCUUUCUUCAAGGAAGAGGCCCGCUUGGGCAUGGGCGCCAACGGCAGCGUCUACCUCUGCCAGCACGUGCUCGACGGCAACCCCCUCGGCCACUUUGCGGUCAAGAAGAUUGCGGUCGGCGAGUCGAGCGCGUACCUCCUCCAGAUCCUGCGCGAGGUCCGCCUCCUCGAGACUCUCCGCCACCCAAACGUCGUCUCGUACCACCACGCGUGGCUUGAGUCCACCCGCUUCUCCCAGUUCGGGCCCACAGUGCCCACUUUGCACGUUCUCAUGCAAUGGGCCGAAGGCGGCUCCCUCGACGACCUCAUCGACACGCGCCUCGGCCGCCCCACCCACCUCCCCGCCUUUCCCCCCUCGUCCCCCUCCUCCCCCUCUUCUCCCACACCCUCUUCUUCCUCCCCGGCCUCCCCUGAUCACCAAAGCUCCCAAGGCGAGCACCACCACACGACGGAGCACCGGCACCAGCACUCCCGCUCCGCCCGCAUCCGCGCCUUUCGCGCGCUCCAGCGCGCCCCGCCGGAGGACAAGGCGCGCUUGCGCGAGAAGCUCGGGCUUGGCGCUGGCUCUCCCGGCGCGGGUGCUGCUGGAGGAGGAGGAGCGGGAGCAGGAGCGGGGGGCGCGGGCGCGUGGAAGGCGGUGCAUCUGUUCAGCGCGGAGGAGGUGCGCGGGCUGUUUUCGGACGUGGUAGAGGGGCUUGCGUUCUUGCACGACAAGUCGAUCCUCCAUCUCGACCUCAAGCCGGGGAACGUCCUCUUGACGUGGGAUGAAGGCAAGCUCAUCCCCCGCGCGAUGCUAUCUGAUUUCGGGACCUCGCGCGACAUGAUUCACAGCACACGCGCGCGCUCUGGGAACACUGGGACCCUCGAAUACACUGCGCCCGAAUCCCUCCCGUCGCCCCUCACCGGCCGCCUCCAGCAGGUCGACUCCAAGGCCGACAUGUGGUCCCUCGGCAUGCUCCUCCACAAGCUGCUCUUCUUCCGCCUGCCGUACCGCUGGGCCGCGCAGGGCGACCGCGACGAGGCCGCCCCUGGGCCCGCGCCUGCGUCGCCGGAAAGCGAUAUGGAUAGGCUUGAGAGGGAGGUGUUGGGGUACAAAGGGUUCAAGAGCACCCCAGAGCUCGAGACGACCUUCACCGCGCGCCGCCUCCCAGGCUCCUACCCGAUCCUCCUCGAGAGCCUCCUCAACGUCGCCCCCGGCGCACGUCCAUCCUGCGAGCGCGUCCUCGCCGCCCUCCACGACGGCAAGGUGCGUCGCCCCUCCCCCAUCCCUCAUCUCCAUCGUGUCUCCGCUAUCAGUUAUUGA